CUCGCCCCUAAAUUCCUCCCAAAACAGAAUUGUUAUUGCAAUUAAAAAUAAUUAAAAGCAAAGACAGAAAUUAACAGAGUAAUUUAAUUUGAUAUUCUCUCUCUCUCUCUCUGCUCGCAGCAGCGCUCCGCAGAUCAUACCAAUGGCAGCCCGCCGCAGCAGCGUCCGAAUCGUGGUCGUAGGCGACCGCGCCACCGGCAAAUCCAGUUUGAUCGCCGCCGUGGCUUCCGAAUCCUUCCUCGAUAAAGUUCCUCAUCUUCUACCGCCGACUCGCCUCCCCGCCGAUUUCUACCCCGAGGGCGUCCCCAUUACUAUCGUCGAUACUUCAUCCAGUUUGGAGAGUAGAGGGAAGCUCGCGGAAGAACUGAAGCGAGCAGAUGCGGUGGUACUAACGUAUGCGUGUGAUCAGCCUUCAACGCUCGAUCACCUGAGCUCUUUCUGGCUUCACGAGCUUCGUCGACUAGAGGUGAAGGUGCCUGUGAUUGUAGUUGGUUGCAAGCUAGAUUUGCGAGAUGAGCGUAACCUCACGAGUCUGGAGCAGGUGAUGUCACCAAUCAUGCAACAGUUUCGGGAGAUUGAGACUUGUAUAGAAUGUUCUGCAGCUAACUUAGUCCAGGUCCCUGAAGUAUUUUAUUAUGCUCAAAAAGCAGUGCUUCAUCCCACAGCCCCACUAUUUGAUCAGGAAACCCAGGCCUUGAAACCUCGAUGUGUGAGAGCAUUGAAACGGAUAUUCCUUCUCUGUGACCAUGACAUGGACGGUGCCUUAAAUGAUAGAGAGCUGAAUGAGUUUCAGGUUAGAUGUUUCAACGCUCCAUUGCAGCCUGCUGAGAUAGCGGGUGUUAAGCAAGUUGUGCAAGAGCAGCUACCAGAAGGGGUCAACGAGCUUGGGCUUACCUUGGAAGGAUUUCUUUUCCUGCAUGCUCUUUUCAUAGAGAAAGGGCGCCUUGAGACAACGUGGACUGUUUUACGAACUUUUGGUUAUGAUGAUGAUAUUAAGCUACGGAAUGAUCAGCUUUCAGUUCCAUCAAAGAAAGCUCCUGAUCAGAGUUUGGAAUUGACAAGUGAAGCUGUGGAGUUUCUGAAGGGGGUCUUCAGUCUCUUUGACACUGAUAAGGAUGGAGCCUUGCUGCAUUCUGAGCUUGAAGAUCUAUUUUCAACUGCACCAGAAAGUCCUUGGGAUGAGGCUCCUUAUAAGGAUGCUGCAGAGAGAACUGCAUUGGGGGGUAUAUUGCUUAAUGGAUUUCUGUCUGAGUGGGCCUUUAUGACUCUACUAAACCCAGCUAAAAGUUUGGCUAAUUUGAUAUAUAUUGGAUAUACUAGUGAUCCAUCAUCGGCACUCCAUAUUACUAAGAGAAGGUCAUUUGAUCGAAAGAAGCAACGUACAGACAGAAAUGUUUUCCAGUGCUUUAUUUUUGGACCCAAAAAAGCUGGAAAGUCUGCAAUAUUGAAUUCAUUCCUGGGAAGGCCUUUCUCAGACAAUUAUUAUUCAACUUCUGAGGAGUCUUACGCAGCAAAUAUCGUUGAUUUUGCGGGAACUAAAAAGACUCUUGUACUGCGGGAGAUUCCGGAAGAUGGAUUUAGAAAACUUCUAUCAAGUAACGAGUCUCUAGCAGCUUGUGAUGUAGCAGCGUUUGUAUAUGAUAGUUCGGACGAAUAUUCUUUGAAAAGAGCAUCAGAAUUACUUAUGGAAGUGGCUAGGCGAGGAGAACAAAGUGGUUUUGUGGUGCCUUCCCUUCUCAUUGCGGCCAAGGAUGAUUUGAACUCGUAUCCAAUGGCAAUAAAAGAUGCGGCAAGGAUUUGUCAGGAUAUGGGAAUUGAUGCACCCGUUCACCUCAGUGUGAAGGAAAGAGACCUGAAUAACGUAUUCAGCAGAAUUGUCAAUGCUGCUAGUAACCCUCAUUUAAGUGUUGCAGAAACUGAAAUUGGGAGAAACCAGAAGCUCUACCGGCAGCUGGUCAAUCGUUAUCUCAUGCUAUUGUCUGUCGGGACAGCUGUCGCUGUGGUUGGCUUGGCAACCUAUCGCGCAUAUGCCGCUAAGAAGAGUCACUCUAAUUAGGUAAUUCUUAUAUCAACCAUCAAGCUCGAGAAGCUGUUGUUACUCUUAUUACAUCAUCAUCACCUUCAAUGGCUUAAAUAACCGGCCUAGUGGUUAAUUGCCCCUCAUCUUCUCCUCCAUAUUUUCCAAGCCGAUCAUUGCCCCUUUGUAUAUAGAGAGAGAGAUUUGAAGUUUCCUCCUCUUCUUGAACAUGUAGCUUUUGUUUUUUUGUUUCUUUGCCAUUUGGGACAUCUGGAAUUGAAGCUUCCCAAUAUGGCUGGCUAUUCAUGGCAACUAAAUGUGCUUUCAAAUUGCCAUGAUCUUCAGAUAUUAUUUACCUGCCUAUUUAAGUAUGAACUCUUUGCCCUUUGAUUAAACAUAGUGAAAACCUGCCUGAUUGUUGAAUCA